AUGCUUCUUGUGAAUCUUUGGACCCUUCAUAGAGACCCAAACUUAUGGGUGGAUCCAACAAGGUUUGUGCCAGAAAGAUUUGAAGAAAGGGAGUUAGAUAGUGAGAUUUAUAAUAUCCUUCCAUUUGGUGUUGGAAGGAGAGCUUGUCCUGGAUCUGUUUUAGCUAAACGUUUUAUGGCAAAUGCAAUAGGGUCUUUGAUUCAAUGUUUCGAGUGGGAGAGGAUUGGAAAUGAAGAAAUUAACAUGACCGAGGGAAUAGGUCUUACAAUGCCUAAAGUAGAACCUUUGAUUGCUUUAUGCAGGCCACGCCAACUUAUGGUAAAGGUUCUCUCAAACAUAUAA